UGGUGUUGUGUGUCUGUGUGUUUUGCACUGUGUUUUGUGACUUUUGUGUUUUCUUAUGUGAUCUUGGCCGCUCAGACACGGGAUAAUCGCAUAACUUGUGCAUAUUCUUAUAAAUGAAAUAGUUGAGGUUGAUUUCAUAAUUGAAGUAAUACAGUUGGUGUGGUAUUACAUUAUAAAACCUUGCAAGAUCAAAGGCUGGGGACCGUGGCCUCAGCCUUGCAAGAAAUCUGAACGUGUCGUUACAACAGUUGAAAGAUUUUGGAUAACUUUCAGAAGUAAAUCUGAUGAAUGUUUCUUGAAAAGUAAGGCAUGAUCUAUUGAAAAGCUUGAAGUUCUUGAUGGCCCAGCUUUACAGAUGAAAUCUGAAGAAGUGUUUGCUGAUAGAUGAUGCACACUAUAAUCUGGGCAACAUUUGUCACUUAAUCAUAAACUUUUACAUCUUAGCACAUCAUACUAUAUACACUUGCUAGUGGCAUCAAGCUCAGAGUUGUAAUUUUACAAGCAACUUUGUCAUGGCUUCCAAAAUGUCUUCAAAUUCACCAAGUAAUGGUGGAGCCAGUACGCACGGAGCUAUUCCGAAGGAUACACAGGCAGCGAUGAGCAGUAAUGAUUCAGGACAAAAUUAUGAGCCUCCAGAUAUUGAUCCUGUUACAUUAAAGAGAAAUCCUAAAAUGGAGCUUAGCAAAGCUGAUUUGCUCAAGCUGCUCAGCUGCCUAGAGGGAGAGCUACAAGCCCGUGAUGUUGUGAUAGCAACAUUGAAGAAUGAAAAGGUGAAGCACAUGCUGUGUCAGGCUCGCUAUGGGAAGCUCAGUCUGACAGAUCCAGUGAUGGCUCUUCAGAGGGACAGCACGCACGCCAAACAUCAAAUGGUGGACGAGGCGUUGAUACGUUCGAUGGCCGACAAUCAGAUGGCGUCGCUGGAGAAUCUAAUCCUGGCACAACGGGCCGCUCAGCUGAAGAUGGCUCAGUACCUCCGAGACGCCGAGGCGCGGCACGCCAAGGCCGUUCAGGAGCUGGAGGAAGAAAAGGCGAAGCACGCGCAUGACACCGCCCAGGGUGAUGACGUGACCUACGCCUUGGAGAAGGAGCGAACGCGCCUCAAACAAGAGCUAGAAACAGAACGGCAGGCCAAAAAGAAGGUGGAGAAGGAGCUGAAGAAGACGGCCGAGACGCUGGAGGAGGAGCGGCAUCGACAGAAGCACAUGGUGCUCCUGCUCCUGGCUGAGAGGAAAAAGGUCAUCACAAAGUACAUCGAGGAGCGGAAACGGUCUGAGGAUCUGACCCAGAUCCUCUCGGAGGAGAAGGGCCGCGCCGAGAACAUGGCCGAGGGCCUGGAGGAGGAGUCCAAGAAGUCGCUGCAGAUGGAGGCCGAGCUGGAGCGCCACAUGUCCGACUGCGCCAACCAGCGUCAGCAGCUCAAACACGCCCUGGCCACCGAGGAAAAACGGUACCAGGACCUAUUGUCCGAGCACGAGAAGCUCCAGCGCGAGUGUGACCGGCUCAAAAACCAGCUCUCCGAGGCGCAUCAGGUCGCCAUGUUCCAGGCUAACUCGAUGGCUGGCGGCGGCGGCGGCUCGGGACGGUACGCCUCGGGCCCGACGUCGCCCCGGCCCGGCGGACCGGCCACCCUGCCGCCGCAGCUGCCCAGCAAGCCGGCGGUGUCGGCGGGUGGUGUUCGACCCGGCACCAGCACUGCGAGCACGCUGACGCCACCCAAAGUGGGCGUGCGCCGGGCCGUGUCACCAGUGGGGGGUCCGCCGCCUGACGACCUCACUGCUAUGGCGGCCAACAUCACCAAGGCGGUGCAGCCGACGGCGACCGUCUCCAGCCAGCCGGUGUCGGCGCCCAUGACGGGAGUGGCGUACGGCGUACAACCGGGCGUGGCACUGCGUAACGUCCAGUACGGCGUGGCUGCGGCACCCCAGCCGACGCCGGCGCCGCCGCCCACCAGCGCGUCGUCUCCGUCGGCGUCUGCCGGCGCGCCGCAGGUGGUGCGGGUCACUCCGCGCGUCUCUGUGACCGCCUCGCCCGGCACAAAGGUGGUCACCGCCAGUCAGCCGGGCAAGGUGCUCUUCCACGUGACCACGCCGGCGGCCGGCGGCGCGCCGCCCCCCAACGGCGCGCCGCCGCUGGCCCUGGCGCGCAAACCGCCGCUGGGCCGCGGGGUGCCGCCGCCCGUGCCGCCCAACAAGCCGGCCGUGCCGCCCAACAAGCCGGGCGGCGGCGGCGGCGGGGGCGGGGGCGGUAAAGCGUCGGGCCUGGCGAGCCGCCCGGAGCCGGCCGGCCAGGUGGGUGAAGGCGCCGCCGCCACCGAGCCGCUCGGACCCGAGCUGGCCAACUUUCAGCGGAUGCUCGUCAGCAUGGCAGGUACCGCAGAGUUAGAGUCGCCGCCUCCGCCGCUGCCCUCCUGUCCGCCGCCGGCCCGUACCCCGUCUCCGCCCCCGUCCUCGCCGCCGCCGCCGCCGCCUCCCCCGUCCUCCCCUCCGCCGCCGCCCCCGUCUCUGUUGCCCGCCCAGCCACCGCCGUCGUCACCGCCGCCGCCGCCGCCGCCGCUGCUGACAGAGAGCAGCGUGUCGCCGUCCGCCGCGCCGGCAGCCGCCGCCACGGCUGAACAGCCGCCCGCCGUGCCGCCGCCGCCGCCGCCGCCGCCGGCUAGUACCAUGUCGCCUCUGAUGGCGGCCAUCGUCAGAACUGAUGAGGAUGAGGUGAAACGUCUGCUGGAGUCGUCUCCGGACCUCACCGAGAGAGCCCAGGACGGUAACAGCCUGUUCCACCUGUCUGCCUCUGUGGGCUCGGCCGGCUGCUUGCGCCUUCUGCUACAGAAGUGGCAGAUGGUCUACAUGACCACAGACAUGAUUCCCGUGCUCACCGAAGUGAACGCGUCCGGCAGCACGGUGCUGCACCUAGCGGCGCUGCGUGUCUCCGACCAGCACCUGCGAACACUGGUCGACUACUGUCCGCAGCUGAAGCUGGCGCUGCGCAAUCAGCUGGCGACCAACCUGCGCCAGCUGGCCAGUCCCGAGUGUCUCCGCUACCUGGACAGCCUCGGGGACAGUCUGGAGCGCGUCUGCUCCGUCUACAUCGUCUGCCGGCUGACUGCCUCUCGCCACAUCAUCGGCCAGCUCAAAGUGGGCGCUGCAGCCAACUGGCAGUGGCUCACCCAGUCGCUCUUCAACCUGUUCAUCCGGCACAUGCAGUCUCUACACAGGGCGUUCACGGACGAGCGGCCGCUGACGCUGACGCGCAAGGAGCGCUCCCGCUCCGACCCGUUCCCGGAGCGCGGCCAGACGGCGGCGCUGGGCCUCUCGCCAGACGCCGUCGAGUCGUUCAGCGCCGGCGCGCACCGCUGGCGGCGACCGGACCCGGCCGGCGUCGGCCGCGGGCCGCACCAGACCCUGUGCGAGCAGCAGGUGGAUGAGCUACUGGUGACGCUCCGGCCGGCGGAGGACGCCGCGUAUGGGACCGCCCUGCCGCUCAGCGUCAUACACAACUACGUGCGACUGCUGGAGGGCCACCACGCGCUGAUUCUGGACGUGCCGGACGGCUGGGACCGUGAACUGCUGGGGCGCGCCGUGCUGGCCGCGCUGGCUGCCCAGCUGCCCGAGCUGCCGCUGGUGCGGCUGCCGGCCGACGAGCAGUGGCCGGCGUUCCCGGCCGGCGCCGGGCCGCUGCUGGCGCACCUGGACCCGGUGUCGGGCGGCGCAGAGGCGGCCCGGCGCGCCGCACAGCUGCCAGCCGGCUCCUACCUGCUGGCGGCCGGCGCCGGCCUGGAGUCUGACGGCGCGCCGCUGCCGCUACUGCAGCUGCGGCCCGAGGCGGCGCCGCUCUCGGCGCUGCCCGGCCGCCGGCUGAUGCGCCGCCUGCUGGAGGCGGCCGGCGGCGCGCCGCCCCCGCCCGAGGACGCCGUGUUCCGUACCUGCCGCUGGGCGGCCGGGCUGGGCGGCCGGCUGCUGGCCGCCGCCGCCCGCCGCCGGCUGCCGCUGGCCGCGCCCGGAGCCGAGGCGUGGUCGGCGGCGCGCGUGGCUCCCGGCGAGCCGUGGCGGCUGAUCCGCUGGGUACAGAGGCUCUGGGAGACGACUGUGGUGCCGGCCGUGGCGGCGGCCGUGUCCGACCCGGCCACACUGGAGGAGACGCUGAUCUACCUGAGAGACGCGGCCGUGGCUGAGGACUGCCCGCUCAGCGGAACAGACCGCGACUACCUGCUGUCCUCGUUCGAGACGCGUCCUUCCGGGGCGGCCGCCACGCCGGAGCCGCUCGGCUCGCCGGGGAAGCGGCCUCGCACGCCGCGGCACGCCCUCCGCGGCCUGGGUCCGCUGCUGAAGAAGCUACCCGCCUCGCCGCGCCACGGCCGGGACAGUUGAGCGGCGUUCUGCCGGCCCGGCGGACUGACCGGCUGUGUAGGUUAGGGACCGACUGGGCUCAGUGACAGUGACAGCCGUGGGCCGGUGGCUGGUGUCGGUACUCAUGGUGGACAAGGUGCCGGGCGGCGGACCGAUCCGGCAGUUCUACUCGUGAUGGUGCGGCGGUUUAGUGGUGACUGGUGCGGUGGUUCAGUGGUGCGGCGCUCGUGGAAAAGUGGUUCAAUAUUGCGGCGUUGGUGGUGAAGCGGUUCAAUAUUACGGUGUUUGCGCUGCGGUGCUCGCGGUGAAGUGGUUCAAUAUGCGUUGUUGGCGGUGCGGUGCUCGUGAUUAGCGGUUCGUAGACAGCGCGGGACUGCGACUGACAGACAGACAGACAGACGGCGGCGCCGGGGCCACUGCUCAACGGCCGCGCGGGAGCCGAUAGCCAGCGUACGGCGCGGUGCCGGGCGGCGCAGACCGCUCCGAGACACUGCUGGCGCCGGGAGAGACCGCGGCCCGCUGUGGUAGCCAGGUAGCGGGCGGCGCGCGGCCGCCCACGUGUAGUCCCCUUAGCUGAGCGGUGGCGGUGUCUAGUGUGCGACUCGGGUAGUGCGGUGUAGUGGACAGUGCCGGCGGACGGCGCGGCCGUGUUACUCUCUCUGUGUGCGUCCUGUACAGGGUACUGCGCGUGCGCGCGCGCGGAUGGCUGUACCCUGGCGAGCGACCGGCGGCGGCCCGUGUGCGAGCUCUAUUUUUGACCGUACAGCGUACCUGAGGGCACGCCACCGGUCGACAGAUACACAUGGAAAAGAUCUGGUUUUGUCGACAUGAAUCGUCAGAUUCGUUUAUUUUUAUUUUCUUUGCAAGUGUGCGAAUUAUGUUUGUGUAAUUUAUGACUCGUUUCACCUUUUUUAUUGUAUAUGCUUUUCUAACAUCAAAGUAUUUUCUAGUCAUUUGCGAUAUUAGGAUGUCGGGCGCUGGGCUGUUGAGCCCACAGCCGGCCGGCUGGCCGGGCCUGUGUCGAGCGGGACUGGCUCGGGGCCCGGGCUCAUGUGUAUGUAGAUAAGCUGCCUCUCUUCGUCUCUCAGUCUCUGUAUCAUAUACAGUCAUACAAUAAAUGGAAUAGUAUUUUA